UUAUCAGAUGAAAUGACAGAGGCAGCCCUCUUCCAUAAAUAUCGCUCAGAGGGCCAAACAUUUGAGGGUUCCGAGGACCUAGAACCUGGAGACUUGAUAGAAAUCUUCCGUGGUAUCUAUCAGCACUGGGCUGUGUACAUUGGUGAUUUGUACGUUGUUCACUUUGUUGCCGGAAUAAACAGUUUAGGAGCUUCAUCAGCUGCGUUGAGAGGUUCUGUGGAUGGCGAAGUCAGGAAAGACAAACUCCAGGAUGUGGUCAACUCAGACAAGUGGAAAAAAAAUAACACAUCACAUACAACAUACGACAAGAAGUUGAAACCAAGGUCAAAGCAGGAAAUUGUGAAGAAAGCCCUUUCGAUGGUGGGUAAGGCUGUGAAGUACAGUGUCUCUGAUUGGAACUGUGAGCACUUCGCCACCUCGUGCCGUUAUGGCAAAGCCCUGUCUCUUCAGGUGCGGCAGGCUGAAACUGUAGUGGGAUCUGCUGCUUUUGGUUCCUUUAGUGUAAUGUCUUUCUCCUCCUGAACUUAUUCCUCUGUCAGUACUUAAUGGAACACAUGAAUGAAUUUGAAGCACUUGUGUUUUAAAAGACUUCUUGGUUGUAGUUUUUCAGUCAAAGUGCAUGUUGUCAUAAUCUAGUUCUAUGCUCCUUCCUCCUGCUGCAUUCCCACAUCCCCAGUGUCCCUUAGGUCGCAUUUACACUGCAUGUCUUGAUGCCCAGUUCCGAUUUUCUGCCUAUACCCGAUUUUUCUGACCACCUGUUUACAUCUCCUUUUACAAGUGAACGAUAUCCAAUACCUGUGUUUACACUUGCU